AUGGAUAAUAUAACAAUGGAAACAUUGCUGUUGAACAAUACAAAUAACACAUGUCCGGCACCUCUUUUAUGGCCUAAAGAUGUUGUUGAGGAUGAACAAGCUGCGCUUGGCAUUUGUAUUACUGCUGCAGUUAUUCAUGCAAUAUUUUGGCUUCAAUUAAUCUUUUCUUCAUCUAUUCGACAAAAAUCAAUGCAAUGGAUCUAUGCAUAUCUUCUUACUGACAUGUUUCUUCUUCUUCGCUUUUGCUUUUCUUAUACUAUUCAUACAACAUCUACUGAAUGUCAACCAAGCAGAUCACGAAUUUUAUUUAUCUGCUAUUUUGAAGCAAUACUUGAUAAUUAUUUUAAUAUACUUAAAGUGUAUAUUUUAUUAGUUUUGAAUUUAUGUCGUUAUAUACAAAUAGCAUACAAUAAAAAUGUAUACCAAUCCAGUAGAUGUCUAUUGGUCUUAGCUCAUCUUGGUAUUUAUAUAAUUCCAUUACUUGUUUACAUCGCUCCAUGCAUCCUUGGUUGGACUGAUGUAGGUGGAUUUGUUAGAGAUACAUGUGUAAUAUUUUAUGCGAAUAUGUAUAUUCAAAUAUUUAAUACAAUAUUUGCAUUUGCAUUACCUAUUUUUCUUAAUAUCUUGGUAAUUUCUGCUAGUAUNUAG